AUGCCCCAAAAGACAGUUUUGGUCACUGGCUGCAGUGCUGGUGGACUUGGAGAGGCAAUGGCCAAAGUUUAUCAUCAGAAAGGCUUCAGAGUCUUCGCAGCGGUACGAAAUAUGGCCAAGGUCGGAUAUCUGAGCGAGAUCGAAGGUAUAGAAAUCGUCAAACUCGAUGUCACGUCGGCCGAGUCUAUUCGGGAAUGCGCCACAUCUAUCGGGAAGAAUACGGGAGGAUCGCUCGAUAUCCUUGUCAACAAUGCGGGCCUCAGCACUGUUUUCCCGCUUCUGGACACUUCAAUUGAGGAAGCGAAGAAAUUGUUCGACACCAACGUUUGGGCCCUUGUCGCAAUGGCCCAGGCAUUUGCGCCUAUGCUCAUCAAAUCCAAGGGUACUAUCUGCAACGUCAGCUCGGUAUCUGGUGAAAUGGUCUUUGCUUGGCAAGGCAAGUUGAGAAAUACCCAUGAGGUCUUUCUUAGCUCUAGAAGCGCUACUACGAGAAUUUCGGAAACACUUCGUCUCGAGAUGGAACCUCUCGGUGUGAGAGUUGUCACACUCAUCCUUGGGGGUGUGCAGACAAUCAGAAAUGAUGCUACCAAGAUACCAGACCUUGAGCUGCCUGCGAACUCGUACUACCAAAAUAUUUUGAGUAUUAUAGACCGCCACCACAAGGUAUUGGUUCAUCCAAACAAGGCGAAUAUCGAUGCUGCGGCCGCGAAUGUCGUGAACGAUGUUCUUGGCAGUAGCGGCUUUUUCAUUCGGCGAGGGGCUGCUUCUACUCUCAGUUGGUUCUGCAAUACAUUUCUGCCCUAUGGUAUAUUUAUUUCGAUGAUAAACAAGGAAUCAGGUCUUAGUGAUGUUGGCUUUUCUAGGAACAAUGCAUGA